GAAACACGUUGUUGAGAUCAGAGCUCAGACUAGUUUCAGUUUUGAGGAAGAGAAACUCACACAGUCACUGACACUGAGAGGAGAAAUGGCACAGAAACUUCAGUUGGACCGAGAAACCUUCUCUUGUUCCAUCUGUUUGGAUCUACUGAAGGAUCCGGUGACUAUUUCCUGUGGACACAGCUACUGCAUGAACUGUAUUAAAUGUUUCUGGGAUGAAGAGGACAGGAAGGGAAUCCACAGCUGCCCUCAGUGCAGGAAGACUUUCACACCGAGGCCUGUCCUGGAGAAAAACAUCGUGUUAGCAGCUUUAGUGGAGCAGCUGAAGAAGACUGGACUCCAAGCUGCUCCAGCUGAUCACUGCUAUGCUGGACCUGAAGAUGUGGCCUGUGAUGUCUGCACUGGGAGGAAACUGAAAGCCAUCAAGUCCUGUUUAUCUUGUCCAGCCUCUUACUGUGAGAAACACCUCCAACCUCACUAUGAUGCAGCUCCAUUAAAGAAACACAAGCUGGUGGCCCCCUCCAAGAAGCUCCAGGAGAACAUAUGCUCAUUUCAUGAUGAGGUGAUGAAGAUUUUCUGUCGUACUGAUCAGCAGAGUAUCUGUUAUCUCUGCACAAUGGAUGAACAUAAAGGCCAUGAAACAGUCCCAGCUGCAGCAGAAAGGACUGAGAAGCAGAAGGAGCUCGAGGUGAGACGACUAAACAUCCAGCAGAGAAUCCAGGAGCGAGAGAAAGAUGUGAAGCUGCUUCAACAGGAGGUGGAGGCCAUCAAUGGCUCUGCUGAUAAAGCAGUGGAGGACAGUGAGAAGAUAUGCAUUGAGCUGAUUCGUCUCAUCAGAAGAAAAAGAACUGAUGUGAAGAAGAAGGUCAGAUCCCAGCAGGAAACUGAAGUGAGUCGAGUCAAAGAGCUUCAGGAGAAGCUGGAGCAGGAGAUCGCUGAGCUGAAGAGGAAAGACGGCGAGCUGGAGCAGCUCUCACACACAGAGGAUCACAACCAGUUUCUACACAACUACCCCUCACUGUCAGCACUCAGUGAGUCUACACACUCAUCCAGCAUCAAUAUUCGUCCUCUGAGCUACUUUGAGGAUGUGACAGCAGCUGUGUCAGAGACCAGAGAUAAACUACAGGACAUUCUGAGAGAGGAAUGGACAAACAUCUCACUGACAGUCACUGAAGUGGAUGUUUUACUGUCACCAGAGCCAAAGACCAGAGCUGGAUUCUUAAAAUACUCACAUGAAAUCACACUGGAUCCAAACACAGCAAACAGAUAUCUGUUAUUAUCUGAGGGGAACAGAAAAGUAACAAGAAUGAAACAACAACAGUCUUAUUCUGAUCAUCCAGACAGAUUCACUGUAUGUUAUCAGGUCCUGAGUAGAGAGAGUCUGACUGGACGUUGUUACUGGGAGGUGGAGUGGACAGGGGGAGGAGUUGGUGUAGCAGUCGCAUACAAGAAUAUCAGCAGAGCAGGGAAAUCAUUUGAAUGUUUAGUGGGAUACAACGACAAAUCUUGGGAAUUAGAUUGUGGCACAAACAGUUUUCAAUUUUGGCACAACAAAGUCAAAACCGUCCUCUCAGGUCCUCGGUCCUCCAGAGUAGGAGUGUACCUGGAUCACAGAGCAGGUAUUCUGUCUUUCUACAGCGUCUCCAAAACCAUGACUCUCCUCCACAGAGUCCAGACCACAUUCACUCAGCCGCUCUAUGCUGGAUUUCAGUUUUGGCUAAAUGGAGACACUGCAGAGUUGAUUAAAGUCAAAUAGAGAAGACAGGUUCAUGUUGAUCCCUGACCAUUAUAUGUACUUGUGUAGUUUCUAAAUGAGGCUUUACAUUUUAGAAGCUGAGAAGUUCAGUGGUCCAUUGAUGUGUGAAAAUAAUAUUGCACUGAUUCAAACUGUACUUACAUUUAUAUACCUUACAUCAAUAUAAAUCUGAAUUUGUUCUUAUGGCUGAUAAUCAUGUGAGUUUAAAUGAUACUACUCUUCAUAUUCAGCAUGUUUGAAAUCUGUCAUCAGUCUGGUUAGUGGUUUUAUUCUGUAGUUGCUGUAGUGGGUUGUCAAAUGCAACAAUAUAUUGGAGCUGCAGUGACUCAUCAGUUAGUCAAUGAUUAGAGAAUUGAUUGUUUUAUCAUUAUUUUAGUCACAUUUAAAGCUGGUUCCAGUUUCUGAAAUGUGAAGAUUGUUGAUUUCCUUAAUCAUAUAUGACUGUAAACUUAAUGUCUUUGAGGUUUGAACUUUUAAAAUUUAACAAAAUUUGAAUCUUUGAGGUUUUUGAUAUUUAUAUUAUUAUUAUUGUAUCUAGAGUGAUGACAAUUACUGUCAUUUUUUUAAACAAUAUCUUUUAUUGCUUUUGCAGCAGCAUACAAAGGUUUGUUUUCACAGUAAUAUGCCGCAGUAAUAAGAACACCCCCCACCCCCACCUCCCAAACCUACAUCAAAUAAAAACACAUUAAAUAUGCAUACAUUAGUACAAUAUGUGGCAUUUAUACAUAUUGAAGGAAACAAAAAGAAGGAAAAGAAAAAAAAAUAGGGUUAGGGUUACUAACCCUAUUUUUAAUAGCUAGCACAGACUAAACAAUUUUCCCCUCAUCCACACUCCUGCAGGAAUUGUCCGAUGUUUACUUCUUUUAUAAAGUUUUUAAAUGGCUUCCAAAUAUCAUCCAAAUAUGUGAACUUGUCUUUGAGAAAAUACGUUAUCCUUUCCAUUGCCAUACACUGUGCCAAAGAAUUUAUCCAAGCACCAAUAGCAGGAGGAUCUGAUUUUUUCCAGUUUAAUGCAAUUAUACGUUUUGCCUGUAAUGUACAAAAAUCCAUAAACUUAAUUUGAUGGGCUCUUAGUUUAAGAUUUUUAGAAUAAAUCUAUAGUAGCAACA